AUGCGCCGCGACCUCGUGGCAGCCGUCGACGCCGGCGCCGUCAAGAACACGACGGAGUGCCACGCGCGGCUGCUGACCUACGAGUACUCGUUGACCCUCCUCCCCGCGCGCGCGCCGCUCCUGGAGGCCUUCGACGCCCUGGAGCUCGAGGCGGCGUGCGGCGCCAUCGUCUUCCGCGGCGGCGUCCACUUCCUCGGGGCCACGCUCGAGCUCGACGGCCGCGACUCCGGUCUCACGCUGUCGAACUACGAGAACGAGGCCGCGUGGCUCAGCGGCGGCGUGCCGCUCGCGACGACCUGGGCGCGCGCGGCGAACGCCACCUACGAGACGCGCAUCGACGAGACCUUCCCCUACCGCGGCACGAUCCUGGGUUUGAACGUCGUCGAGCCGCACCGGCGCUUCGUGCGGGCGCGGUACCCGAACGGCGGCGGCUCCGUCGGCGUCGAGACGCGGUCCGGCGUGGGUCAGGUCAAGUCGUCCGACAUUUUGAGCUACGGCGCGCCGCCCGUCGUGCCGCCGGCGGCCCAGGUCUACGUCGCGGAUCCCGCCUACGCCGCGUCCGCGUCGGAGCACUUCAACGCGUACGCGUCGGGCCGAUGCGCCUUCGCCGGCGACCCGCUCUGCCCCUGCGGCGCCUGGCGCGACACGGACGGCGACGGCAACUGGGUCUCCGAGAGCUACUGGUGCAGCAACGUCUCCGGCGGCGGCUGGGCGGAGAUGGACAGGGGCGACGGGUUCUGGAACGGGCCCGUGCUCCCGACGAACGUCACGCUCCGGGGCGGCAGCGACCUCGCGGCCCGCGCGGCGACCUGGUCCCCCAAGGCCCGGGGCGAGGCCGUGGUGACGGCCUGGCGCGCCCAGGGCUGGUUCGUCGACAUGUUCCGCGUCGACGACGUCGUCGCCGACGGCGACGGCGGCGCGACGCUGACGUGGAGCUACGGCGGCUUCCAGGGCGGGCGCGGCUGGCAGGUCGACGGGAAGAAGGGGAUCAUCGACCCGCUGCCGCCGUUCUACGUCGAGAACGUGCGCGAGGAGCUCGACGAGGCCGACGAGUGGCACUUCGACAACGACACGAAGAUUCUGUCCUACGCGCACAACGGCACGGGCCCGCCGCCGGAGGACUGGCAGUUCGUCGCGCCGGACCUCGCGACGCUCAUUUCUGUCGUCGGCACGAAGGAAAAACCCGUCGAGGACGUCACGAUCCGCGGCCUCGGCUUCCGCGACGCGUCGAUCACGUACAUGGACGCGUGGGGCGUGCCGUCCUGGGCAGGAAACAAAAAUAUUCGACACGACUUCAAUAUGCACGGUUUUGAAUUUUUUGUCGCCGUCUAG